ACCGCACUUCUGGGCUGAUCGUUGCCCGCUGCCGUGCGGCGCACUGCGCGGGGCAGCGCAUAUAAGGGGCUGGACCACCUCGCUGACCACACUUCGCUUCGCCGUCCGACACCAUGAGCGCCUCGUUCUCCGGCCUCGCCCUCGUGGCUCUACUCGCCGUCGCGUUGGUCCAGGUGCCAUCGGCUAAUGGUUCUCCCCUCCUGGUAGGGAGGCUCGCUCAGUUCGGCAUCAACGCUGUGUCGCGCCUCACCGGCAACGGUGCUGCCAACGGUACUGCCAACGGUGUUCUCAACGGCGCUGUCAACGCGGCCUCCGGGCUGGCCACCACCGCCGUCAACGCCACCGGCAACCUGGUCAACGCGGGCGUGAGGGUCAAGGCCGGCGUGAACCGCGCCCUGAACCAGGCCGCCGGGGAGGGCGUCUCCGUCGCCGCCAACGUAGCCCGCGGUGUGACGGGGCUCAAGCGCGGCGUGGCCGAGACGGGCAUCCGCGCGGCCCAGGGCGCCGCCCUCACCGGCAUCAACCUGGUCGGACAGGUCGCCAACGCCGUCGGCCUGGGGCGCAUCGCCGGGGCCGCCGUCAACGCCUCUACCGCCGCGGUGAACGGCGUGGCCAACCUGGGCAGCAACGCGGUGCGCACCAAGUUAGACCUCGUGGACCGCUUGGUGAACGCCACCGAGAACGUCGCCACCGGCGUCACCAACAACAUCGACAGCGCCAUCGCCGCCGGGUCCAGGCGGGUGCAGGGCGGCGUGUCCACUGUCAGCAACGGCAUCGCCGGCGGCAUCAACACCGCCAGGCAGCUGCUGGGCUGAGCCAACCGUCUCGAGGCGCUCGAUCUGCACAACGGCUGGCCGUGACUGCACUCUAGAAAGUAGUGAAGAUUCUCUAUUUCAUAGAGGAAACUGCCUGUGAUGAUUGUGCAGCGCGCAGCUGACUGUUUGUAAACUCACCUUUGAAAAUGCAUUGUGCCUUGUCGAUAUUUUGUCGAAUUUUCUUCUGUAAUAUGGAGAAAAUAUCCGCCAAUAUUUCCAUACCGUGCUUAAGAAUUUAUGGAAUGGUUCCUAGUACAAAUUUGUCCACAA